AUUUUUUCUACCCCCCCCCCUUCUCUCUCUCUCUCUCUCUCUCUCUCUCUCUCUCUUAAAUGAGCAUAAUUAUUAGCCAAGAAAAGUUUACCCUCUUAAUGAUGGAUGAAUUUAUUUAUUAUAUUAUUUUGUUGACAUAUGCAUGUCUAUUUUAAGUGGUGUGUCUUUGUAUUGUUAGUUUCUGAGGGUGGAUGGAAAGAAAAUGAAUGAUGUCCUAAUCUACAUCCAUCCAUCAGUUGCAUAUCAUUUAAGAUUUAUUUGAAAGAAAAAAAUAUCUUAUAUAAAUUUUUAUUUGAAAUUGGUAUGCAAAACCAUGCAGUCUAUCAAGCCAGAACUGGAAGUGCAAGCUGUACCAAUCACAGAUCCUUAUGGGCCUUCUAUCGUGGAUGCAGAUUUGGAGGCUGUGGUUGUAAGCAAAGAGACAGUACCUGGAGGAUUAGCAGUAAACAGGAAAAGAGCUGAAAGAGGCCUUUCACAGUUAAAGAUUGAAGUUGUAGAUUUGGUCUCUGGAGGUUCGGGUGAAGUUAAGCUGAGUUCAUCAAUGUUAAGGAAGCUUGAGGCUGAAAAAGUCAACCAGCAAAGCACAAUAUCACAGACUGUUUUGAAUUUUUUUUCAAAGAUGAAUGAUCUGAUGACGAAAUCGUUCUUAAGUUAUGUUGAACUGAAGAAACAGGUCAUGAAGGACCUUGAAAAUGAACGUGAUAUUGAAGCAGGGCAACUCAACCCCACACAACUAGAAGACCCUAAUCUCACUCAGUUCUUCCAAGAAGUGGAUGCAAUCAAGGUUGAAAUGGAAGAGAUCACCAAUCUCUUAUUUGAUCUUCAGCAACUGAAUGAAGAAGCAAAGUCCACACACAGUGCAAAAGUCCUCCGUGGACUAAGAGACCGCAUGGAAUCUGACAUGGUUGCGGUGCUUCGCAAGGCCAAGAUCAUCAAGGCAAGGCUUGAGGUCCUGGACCAAUCCAACAUAGCCAAUAGAAAUUUAUCAGAGUCCUAUAAAGAGGGUACACCAAUUGAUAGGACAAGGAGUUCUGUCACAAAUGGUUUGAGGGUCAAGCUUAGGGACAUGAUGAAUGAGUUUCAGUCCUUGAGGGACAAGAUACUGUCUGAUUACAAGGAAGAUUUGAAGAGAAGGUACUACAGUGCGACCGGCGAGGUUCCGAGUGAAGAGGUCAUGGACAAGAUGAUCUCAGGGAGUCUCAAAGUUGAGUUUUUGGCUGGGAAAACAGAUGCUGACAUGGGAACUCAGGUUAGACAUGAGGCUGUGAUGGAUAUUCAGAGGAGUUUGAACAAGCUUCACCAAGUGUUUCUUGAUAUGGCUAUUCUGGUUGAGACACAAGGGGAGAAAUUGGACAAUAUUGAAGAUAAUAUGGCCAGUGCUGGUAACUACAUCCAUGGUGGAACUAAUAGUCUUUACUAUGCCAAUCAGAUGAAGAAGAAGAACCAUAAAUGGUGGUGCUGGGUUUGUGCUGUUGGGUUGAUUGUGCUGUUGGUGUGCUUCAUAGCAAUGUUGACUUCUUGACUGGAGUAAUUUUUUGAGGAGAGAGGUUUCGAGUUUUUGAGACUGUAAAAAGCUCUUUCCACUUCCUCCUAAUGCUUGGUUUUUUCUAGAAUUGUGGGAAUAGGUUCUGUUAAUUCAUUCAGAUUGUUGGAGAAUUAAAUUUUCAUAUUACUAGUACUCUAGUAGAAUUCAUUGACAAAUUUUGGAA